CAGAUGUCCUAUUCAAACCACAGUAUAUGUCAUUGAUGUCAAAAAAUCUUUUAUGUCUUGGAAUAUAUUUAAUCUUUAUACUUUUUCUUAAUUUUCUCAAAAGAAUACGUUUUUGUCUCAAAAAAAGACUUGUUUAUUUCAGAAAACUAAUGAUUAAAAUCAAGAAAGUUUGGAGUUAUAAAACAAGAUCUUGUUGUCCACUUAUCUGGGAGUUCCUAGAGAUAGUUUUGUUUAUUGCCUUCCUCCCUCUCUACUUGAAGUUCAGGAUUAAAGCUUUUACUUUGGAUGAGGCACACAUAUUGUAUAAUAAUUGGCUGUGGAAAGUAUGUAUAACCUUGAUUGUAAUGAUGAUACUUUUCACUGGGCUCAUUUUAUUUCUACUUUGGACCCUGAACCGUUGUGGUAAGAUGCCCUGCUUACCUUCCAUGAAUAUAGAUAUUUCUACACACGACGCUGAGCAAAACAGUUCUAAAUCUGCUAAGUUCCAAGAAAAUUAUGAUGUGGACAGCCAAAUGUCCCUAGAAACUUAUGAAGAAACAACAUUUAAUCAGGAUCAAGAACGUUGUGAAGAGGAUAUUUUUGACCCUCUUCUGCUCUCAAGUUCAGAUGCCCUAGGAACUUGUGAAGAUAAAAAACUUAGUCAGCAUCAGGAAAGUUUUGAAGAGGAUUGAGGCUCUUCAAUCUUCUUCAGACUUUAAGAUUGAAUUGUACUCUCAACUUGGAAACUUGACAGAGUAAAGAAAGACAGAAAAGGAUAAUGUUUUGAACUUUAAAAUUUAUAUGUAUAAACAUAUAAUCAAGGGGGUAUUCUGAUUAAAUUUUGUUCUGUCUAAAAAGUAUAGAUUUUUAAAAAUACAUUUUUAAUAAAAUAGAAUUAUACU